GCUGCGGCGGCGGCGGCGGCGGCGGAGAUGAGCAACAGGCCGACCACGGCUCCCCACGAGACGAGCUUCAUCCCUCCCGGUGCGGACAGGUGCGGACGAUGCGGCAAGGCGGUCUAUGCUGCCGAGAAGAGAGUCGGAGGCGGCGGCAUCUGGCACAAAACCUGCUUCAACUGCGCCACCUGCCACAAGAUGCUCGAGUCCGGAGUUGAGUGUGCAGCAGAUAACGAAGUCUUCUGCAAGACUUGCUACGGCAGGAAGUACGGACCCAAGGGAGUUGGCUUCGGAGGCGGCGCUGGAUGUCUUUCCGCAGAGUAAGCGUCAUCUAACGACGGACAACCGAACUAACAUCCGACGGACAAACACACUAUUCGGCCUUCAGGAUAUUUGGAUUUGCGCAGAGCACGGAAGUCGUGUCCCAACAAAAACACGAAUUUGUUUACAGAAAAUUUACGAAAACGUAAAGGAAACAUUGAAGUUCCCCCCACCGCAUUGAUUCUCGGAUUUAUGAAAGAAAGUGACAUCAUUUUCUCGUCUUUUAAAGUUGAAAUGACUUCUUAUCGUUAUAUGGAGGUAGUUUUUUUUUUGUUGCGAAACGUCGGUGUUCGGCCGAGAUCAACAAAACAUCUGAACAGGUUUUUUGUGUUGAGGUCGGCUCCGAUCGUUUUCUAGCAGUGACAUAGAUAUUUUAUUUCGCGUCUUUAAUUUAAUCAUGUACAUGUUUAAUAAUAUCGUCGUCAUCAUCGCUUACAACACAAGAACGUCGUUUUCGACUCGCUUCGACCAGCAUCAAUGACAGCGCCCCUAUCGGGGGCAGGGCCUGGUGCGUGGUAGCAACGUUAAUUGAUAAUUGAUAUAAUUGCGCGAUAGAAACUCCUGCUCGGCUCUGGCAUUAAUUUACGCAAGCUGCAGUCACGCUAAGCCGAGCAUGUCUUCUGCGCCCCUCCCCCCACACACCUCCCGCAGUCACAAACAUUUCGUACAACAAAUAAAAAGUUUUAAUAAAAAAGAAAUCACGCGUUUGUGCA